CUUCGGACUUGGCCAUCAUAGCAGUACGCGCGCGAUGGUGAAAGGUGUCAUGUCGAUUUGUAGAGUGAAUAGUGUGCGGACCACCAUGACCGCGUAUACGAUAUUAAUACUUUUUUGUGCCAUAUUUGUGAACGUAAAUUGCCAGAAAGAAAAGGAAGCGGAAGAAUUCGUUUGUCCCGAAGGCACUCAGGGCAACGGAAAUUUCGCUGAUCCAGCCACUUGCCGCCGCUUCUACCAAUGCGUGGAUGGCUACCCCUACUUGAACAGAUGCCCCUCUGGCUUGUACUUUGAUGACAUCAGUAAAUACUGUACUUUCAAAGUUGAAGCUAGAUGCGGUCCGAUUGCAACGACACCAGCCCCUAUCACAGAAGCGCCAACAGACUUAGCUACAAAGUGUGACACGGCAGAAUGUCAGCUACCAUAUUGUUUUUGUUCGAAGGACGGCACUCUGAUCCCAGGCGGGCUAGACCCCGAAGAUACGCCGCAAAUGAUAAUGCUCACGUUUGAUGGCGCCGUUAAUUUGAAUAACUACGAUUUAUACAAGAAAGUUUUUAAUGGAAAAUUGCGUAAUCCAAAUGACUGCCCGAUUCGGGGCACUUUCUUCUUAUCUCACGAAUACAGCAACUACGCUCAGGCACAGGCGCUCGCACAUGAUGGUCACGAAAUAGCUACGGGAACGAUAUCCCAGCAGCAAGGUCUUCAAGACAAAGGUUACGAAGAAUGGGCGGGUGAGAUGAUCGGUAUGCGGGAGAUCCUGAGGAAAUUCGCUAACGUCUCGCGCUCGGAGAUCGUUGGUGCACGUGCCCCAUUCUUGAAGCCCGGCAGAAAUACGCAAUUUAAGGUGUUAGAAGACUUCGGGUACAUUUACGACAGUUCGGUGGGCGUUCCUCCUCUACCGAUCCCGAUUUGGCCCUACACGCUAGACUACAAGAUCCCACACGAGUGCAAGUCCGGCACAUGCCCUACUAAGUCCUUCCCAGGUCUGUGGGAGGUACCAUUCAAUUCUCAUUACGUGGAAACCUAUGAAGGCGGUCACUGCCCAUACUUGGACCAAUGCGUACUGCACAAUCACGACUCCGAUGAGGUUUUAGAAUGGCUUCAGGAAGAUUUCAGCAGAAAUUACGACCAAAACAGAGCGCCUUACAUGAUGCCCUUCCACACGAACUGGUUCCAGAUUAAGGAGCUCGAACAAGGCCUGCAUAAAUUCCUACAGUGGGCAUCUAAGUUGGACGAUGUCUGGUUCGUCACCGUAACUCAAGCUCUCACAUGGAUGACAGACCCACGCCCAGCAAAGAACCUUAAAACCUACGAAGCGUGGCGGUGUGACAAGAAAGACUUCCCGCCGAAGCCAUGCAACCUUUCCAAUAAAUGCGCACUAUCUUUCAAGCUUCCGGACUCUAACUUCACUGACACACGCUACAUGGAAACUUGCAGCGAAUGCCCUAACCAAUAUCCAUGGUUGGGAGACUCAGGCGGAACAGGUAUUCCCGGAAAGGACAACUACAUACCCGACAACCUCAGAAAGUAAUAGAAAUAGUAUUUAAUUGUUAUUGCGAAAGACUGUUGAUGAAUGUACAAACCGAUAUACCUACUCAUUAAAUUACAAUAAAUGCCAUAAAAAGUUUUUUUCGAAAUUAUGCUCCCAAUUAAACUCAUAUUUUUAAG